CAGCAAUGUCACAGUCCCUGGACAUCAUCUUAAAGAAGCCUUGAAAUACAAGGUUUGGGUGCAAGCUCUGAAUGCAUUAGGAAAUGCAACUUCCAAGAGGUUAACUUUUGAGCUCAAUGAUAUAGUUAUGCCUGACACUCCGAAGAUCAUAAAAGCUGAAUUUAUAAACAAUUCAGCAUCCAAGACCAUUAUUCACUGGAAAAAAUCAACACCAAGUGCAAAAUGUGAUUUUGAAGUGAAAUAUAAAAUAAAAUCAGAACCAGGAAUCAGCUGGACUCUGAUUUCUAAGAAGGACAUCAAUGACAAUUCAAGCUAUCUCAGCCACUGUGAGCCCUUCAGGGAAUAUGAGUUUCAGAUCCGCUGCAGCCAUGUUCAAGGCUAUAAGUACUGGAGUGAGUGGAGCAGGUCAUUUAUAAUCAAAACCCCUGAGGCAGAGCCAGUGGGAGUAUUAGAUGCAUGGCAUUUACGUGAGCCAACUGAUCCAAACAAACAUAGAAGAAUAAUCAUCUACUGGAAGAAUUAAUGGCUCCCAGAAACCUUCAGGUGGUACCGGCUGGAGACUUUGGAAUAUUUGUCAAAUGGGAACCACCAGAUGAAACCAGUGAGCCGGUGCUGGGUUAUAUAGUCGACUGGAUAGAAGCAACUGACAGAAACAAGGAGCUGCUUGGUUGGAAAAGACUGCCCAAGACAAAUCACUCCUUGUAUAUAGGACAAACUUCUUCACCUCAGGAAUUUCUAACAGAAGCAAAAAGCAUUAUGCCAAGAAAACGCUACAAUAUAUCUGUCACUGCAGUCUACCAGAAGGGACAAGGAAGAUCUUGUUUAGCGCAGGGUUAUUCGGUAGAAGGAAAACCUACAAUGGGACCAAAUGUUUCGCUGAUGAAAUUCGAUGGACAACAAGUUCAAAUAAAAUGGGAGGAGAUUCCACUUGAAAAACGGCAAGGGUUUAUCAUAGGCUAUACUAUAUACGUGGAAAGAGGUUCAGAUGGAUCCAACCUUGUUCCGUAUAAUGUCACCAAUGUUGCUGCGAGAACCUAUUGGCUGACACUCGAAUUUGACACAGUUUACACCAUUCAUAUGACCGCCACAACAGCUGCAGGAGAAGGUGAGAAGGGAGCAGAGAUACCCAUCAAACUUGACUAUCGUGGCAUUGCUCUUCCACUGCAGCUAAGCCUGGGAAUAAGCAUUCCAUCAGCCUUCCUUUUAGCACUAACACUUGCAAAAUCGGUCAGGCAAAGAAUUAAAACAACAUGCAAUAUGUUUUUGCCUGGUUGGGUUCAUGAAGAAUUUCCAGAUGUGGAAAACAGCAAAGUGGCUAAAGGACUGGAGAAGAAAGAUGAAUUUCCUUUUCUACAUUCUCCAAUGCAUCCGAUAUACAAUGAUCCACCAAUAACAGAGGUGCAGGAAGCUUUGCUAUCAAAAAGCAACAAAAACUCAAUCCAGAACUUGUAUGAAAAUUUUAAUCAACAAAUAGACCAAGGAGGUUUUGAGGAUCAAAUACUGGACACUCCAGAAGUUCAAAAUUCUGAUCAGUGUCAAAUAAACGAGGAAGCUGAAACCGGCUACAAGCCUCAAAUCUCCGUGUGUCACGUGCCAACUUUAUCACAUAAUGAAGACCAAUCGAUUCAAAAAGAUGAGAGUAAUCAAGUAAAGGAGUACAAAGGCUUCAACUUUCCAGUGUUUCAUAGAAUAGCUGAUAUUUCCACCAUUGGGGAUAUGAACAUUGAUUUGAGCUCAGGCCAUAGAGGGGCACCAGACAAUUUAAAAUACUUGCUUAAGAAAGAAGAGUCUCACUUUCCACUCAGUGAUCAUCACAGAAUGUAUGUGACCGAGGGCUUAUUUCAAGAGCAAACUCUGCUACCAGAUGAACUUGUUGAUUGUUUACUGCACGUGGAAGAAAACGCCACUGAUUUCAAGUCUUAUUUUCCCCAAAUUGUGGCUAUUCAGUGACACUGCUUAAACAGAUGCCAAAUUCUGUUCCUUACCUCAACUCUAAAAGUUGGAUUAUUUUUGUAACUUGGUAAAAAAUCUGUGAACUAUUUAACUUGGAUUUUACUCAUAGAAAAUAUGGGUUUGAGUAUGAAAGUAUAAAACCUCAAAAAAUUAGAAAU